AUGAAUCCUCUCACAUGGUAUAACAAAAAUAAGGAAAAGGCUGGUACAAUCUGGGAAUUUUAUAUUGGUUCUGGACGAAACAUAGUGAUUAAUCAUGCACAACAUAUUGAAAAAUUUUGCAAAUCAACAAAAAUCUUCUUUAAACGACUUCCCUUUCCUAUAUUUGAAAGAAUAGGAUUUAAUGAUGGAAUACUUUAUAAUAAUGAUUAUGACUCGUGGCAUCGAAGAAGAAAAUUAGUAAACCGUGCAUUGAAUGCACCAAAAUUCUUACGAGGUCUCGUCUCUUGUAUUCAAACCCAAUUCAAAGCAUCUGAAGAAAGAUGGAAAUUAAAAAUAAAAGACGGAAUUGAAAUUAAUUUUAGUGAAUGGAUAAGAUAUUUCUCAACUGAUAUUUCAACCAUCCAAACCACAAAGCAACGUUCUUACUGUGUAGCUUUAUUUGAUACAAAUGAUAAAUUAGUUCAAUCUGAUGAAAUCAAAAAAUCUUUAGAGUUUACUAAAGCUACAAAAUUUUUUUUUCGUUCACUUGGAUUUUUUGUUUUCAUUCCUCCAUUUAUAAUGGAUUAUGUACCAGGUUUUAGCCAUUAUAAGAAGCGCUGCGAACGUAAUAUAGAUUAUUUGAAUGAAAUUGUCAAUAAUAUCAUUAAUAAAAGAAGAAAAGAACUCGAAGAAGGUGCUGAACUAGACUCAGAUUUGUUAGAUCAUCUAUUGAUUGCUCAUACCAUAAAAGAUCCUAAUUCUAAAAAUGAUGAUAAUGUGAAGCCGAUAACUACUAAAGAAGUUACUGUUCUUACAUUUGAAAUGCUCUUAGUUGGCACUGAUACGACCGGCAAUGCAAUUAGUUUUUUAUUUUAUUACAUUGCGAAAAAUCCAAAUGUUCUUGCCAAGAUUCACAAAGAGAUUGAUGAAGUUUUUGGUCCUGAUUCAAACGUUGAAAUCACCUUUGAAAAACUCGAAAAGUGUCAUUACAUUGAAGCUACGAUUAAAGAAUCUUUGCGCAUUAUUUGCUUAGCUCCAUACACUAUAAGACUUUCUGAUGGUAUUGAAAAUAUUGCUGGAUAUAACUGGCCAAGUGGAACUAGAUUUUGGAUAGAUCAUCAAACUCUUUGUAAUAAUCCUGAUUAUUGGAAUGAUAUAGAAACUUUUAACCCUGAUAGAUUUGAAAAUCAUGUUGGCCCAUCUAAACUUUCGAAUUUUCAAAAGAUUUCUUAUACUCCGUUCGGUGUUGGUCUCAAAUCUUGUCCAGGAAAAUUAUUGGCUAUGAAUACAAUGAAAUCUUUAGUUGUUCUAUUUUAUAGAAGGUAUAACAUAGAAUUAAAAG